AUGUCAGGUCUUGGGAAACCGAAUAAGAGUCGGCAGCCAAUUUUACCGCUAACCAGGGAGGACAUCAUUGGUGAAGCAACACCAGGGGAUACCUCAGAUGACCUAGAUAGUGUUGCCAAUUCAUUACAGUCGUCGUCUAACGUGUUAACGUCAUUUGCAGAGAGGCAGAACAGACGUUCCAGGAAAAGAAAGAUCAAUGAGAGUUUUGAGUCAAGGUUCAAGAUUCCUCGGUAUUUCAAGAGAUUGAUCAAUGUCAGAUCGCUGGACUUUGAAACCUCUGUUUGGGAUAUGAUCAAUUUAAUACUCAAGCCCAAGCAAGUUUACAAGUCCUUAUACUAUCAAAAAGAGACUAGGGAUAAGUGGUCACGGGAUGAUCCAAGCUUUGUCGUUUUACUAUGUGGUCUACUCACAAUAAGUGCUGUUUGCUGGGGUAUAGUUUUUUCGACAGGCUUUCUUGGUGUUCUCAAAUUGGUGUUAUACAUGGUGGUUGUGGACUUCCUAUUAUUUGGCGCCAUAAUUUCAUCAAUUGGUUGGUUUGUUGCUAACAAGUUUCUUCUUCAGUCCGGCACCACUUCAGGGUUUCGCCAUAACAAUUCUUACAGCAAGUGGUUGGCCAAGUUCUCUAUCCCUAAACAUUCUCCUAUAGAAUGGGCGUAUUGUUUCGAUGUUCAUUGUAAUUCAUACUUGAUGGUUUGGGUGUUACUAUAUCUUGUACAAUUCAUUCUUUUGCCAUUACUAAGGCUGGAGAAUUUUUUGUCCUCUUUGAUUGGUAACACGUUGUACCUUGUGGCAAUGGUUUACUACUUGCUGAUAACUUUCUAUGGUUAUAAUACGCUUCCCUUCUUGCACAAAACUGAGUACCUUCUUUCACCAAUUCCGGUACUAGCUUUAUUCUGGUUGAUCUUCUCCCUAUCUGGCUUCAAUAUUGCCAACUAUAUGUGUCGAUCCUAUUUUAGAUAG